GACUUCACCACUGACCGUUUACCGUCAGCGGUCAAAUCCUGUUUAUCUCCCACAUCUGGGACCAGAGCCAGAUUUGACAGUCUACAUUGGGCUGGACUGAGCCUGAAUAGGUCCAGAGGAGGUGGGGGGGACUGCUCGUCCAAUCAGAAGUCAGGAGAGACACUGGUAUGUUCAGUGCUGCUGUUCUUAGAGCUGAGAAAAAACAUGUCUUGAGUACUGAGCCCACCCCCGAAGCUUUUCCCGUCACUACCAGGCUCUGGUCCUCACAGAUCCUGGAUCUGCCUCAGGUUUUACUCCCCUCUGAUCCGGACCCAGCUCUCUCCAAACCAUCAGCACCAGAACCAGCACAGUGACACUCACACCUGAACUCCACCUGAGCUGACAGAUGGGUCCUGAAGGUCGCCCCGCUGAGGUCCUUCUGCUGCAGGGGAAGUUUGACGGGUACCCUGGAGGACCUGGAGGACCUGCAGUGGUUCAGUGCACCACUGUGGACAUGCCCCCUGAGCCCCCCAGGGACUACAUCAUCUGGUCCCUGAUCAGCUUUUUCUACUCAAACCCCUGCUGCCUCGGCCUGGUGGCCAUCAUCUACUCUAUCAAGGCCAGAGACAGGAAGGUGGUUGGAGAUAUGGAGGGAGCCCGACGCCACGCUAACACCGCCCGGGGCCUCAACAUCGCCGCCACCGUCCUGUUUUGUGUCCUGGUCAUUAUUACGAUUGUGUUCUACAUCAUCUGCAGACAGCGCAGAGGAUAUUUCUUAUACAAACUGUAAAUGAGUGGACGUGUCACUUCUCUGUUUUGUACUCGAUAUACAAUGUCUAUCUUUUAUUUACCUCUUUUAUCCUCAAGUACAAAACGAUUUUUUACAAAACUCUUCAAUGAAACUCAUGUAUUUUACUUCACUGACAAGUUUUCAUCACGUUUGAUAAACUCACUUGUGUCUCAAACAGUUUUAAA